AUGAGUCGAAAGGCAAUGCUGCAGUCUCGACUGCUCCUCCACCAGCAUGACAACUUGAGAUGCCAUGGCUACGGUUGUUUACCUCCAUUGAAGCGACGGUGCUUCUCUCGCUCUAAAACAUUAUCAUCUUCUUCUCACCCGACUCUCAGCUCCCGAAACCAUGAUCGCAUCCAAUAUCCCCCCGAGUUACCGGAUAACCUAUGCCACAGUGCCAAGGAGAAGGAGGAAGACAAGGAAUUCUUCCUCGACCUUCUAAGCUCUGCAACUACCAAACGAGAAGCAAAGUCAUAUCUAUCCCGAUUUACACCACCAAAACCACCCCUGGUCAAUACACAACCGAAAGAGGAGGCUACAGAUGAUCUAAAAGCUGUGAAUUCAAACGAAAAAUAUUUUAAUGCUUCUCUUAUGUCCUCUACUCAGGCAAAUACCCUACCUGCAGAACCCAAUUUAUCAACUUCCAAAUGUGCUGCCACAGAAACCCUGCGCGUUGCUCUGAUUAAAAUCAAAAACCCGGAGAUGCUAGAUGACCAAUGCCUUCAUGGAAUAUCCAAGACUCUCUCUCAACUCAGCAGACUUGCUAUGGGCUGCUGCAUUGUAGUGGAAGUUGAUAUCACUGAAAAUGAUAUAGACUACCGGAAACUUGCAUCUGCUCAAGCAAGCCGCAUUGCUGCCAAAAUUGAUAAAGUCCAUUGUUUGGGUGCACGACGACUGGAAUCUGUGAUAUCUCUAAAUGCACCAACGCAGAGACUAUCUGUCUUGUCAAGGAAGUCACUACUUUCUCCACUCUAUCGUGGUCAAAUUGUGGUAAUUGACCCUAUAGGGUACACUAAAAAUACCUCAAAGGCUCUUCCAAUCCCAGCUGAUGAGCUUGUAUUAGCGUUGACAAAGGAGCUAGCUGGUCUAGAAUACAAUCCUGAGUUAAGUGAGGCGGCCGCAGAAUCAGUGCAGAAUAUUAAACAACGACAACAAGAAGUAUCUGUCGAGAGAUUGAUUGUUUUAGACCCAUUAGGCGGUAUCCCUUCCCUGGGGCGUGGUCAACACAAAUCACAUCCCUCGCCCUUCUCCCACCUUCCUCCUCCGGCCCUUAUUACUACCCCACAGGAUGCGACAAAUUUACCUAAAACUCGCCAUGAUACUUUGGGAACCCCAACAGUGGGCACUCGCCAACGGCGAAAUCCCUUGAUACAUAACCUCCUCACGGAUAAGCCUGUUCUUUCUGCAUCCCUGCCCGCUAGACGCCGUGGCGAUGAAAAGGGCGAUCAUGUCCCGAACACCCAACUACCCCAUUCGACUUUUGUGAAACACGGGAUGCCGCUUACCAUGAUCCCCGAUCCACGGGUCAAAUGCUGGACUGCAGCCCAUAAUGAGGGCUCCCGCAUAAACCUAGACGAUCCCGCAGUAGAUCUACCGCGACUAGUACAUCUGAUUGAUGAUUCAUUUAAUAGAAAAUUGGAUGUUAAUCACUACUUGGACCGGGUUAAAAAUCGGCUUGCGGGCUUGAUCAUUGCUGGGGAAUAUGAAGGAGGAGCGAUUUUGACUUGGGAGCUUCCUCCAGGUGUCCCGGACGACGGAAGCCCUGAAAGCAUGGCCCGAAUGGUCCCUUAUCUGGACAAAUUUGCUGUUCUGAAGAGGAGUCAGGGGGCAGGUGGUGUUGCUGAUGUUGUUUUUAAUGCCAUGGUCCGAACCUGUUUCCCGGAAGGGGUCUGUUGGCGAAGCAGAAAAAAUAACCCGGUUAAUAAGUGGUACUUUGAAAGGUCGAGAGGGACUUGGAAGCUUCCAGACUCUAACUGGGCGAUGUUCUGGACAACCGAUAAUGUUCCAGAGAACGAGCAACUUUUUGAAGAUUAUGAGAGUGUCUGUCGUUCAAUCCAACCAAGCUGGGCUGAUAAUAAGAAGGAGGUUGACUAA